UGGUACUUUGUUGAGCGCAAAGCUGCUUUCCCCGACUUGCCGCUGCCACAUCCGGCUUGGCUUAAGAAAGAUUUCGAGACUUGUGUGUUGUCGGGUGAUCAGGAGUGCACCUAUACGCAGGGUGUGACGGUUGAAGGCAUUGGUGAUCAUCGGCGGCAGAGUUUGUUCUUUUGUGGACACGCAUACGAAUGCACACCUUUUAAUACUAUUGGCGCUUUGGAACGCGCGAAAUUUGCUGUCGAAAGUCAAUAUGCCGUUGUUGGCGUUUUAGAAGAUAUGAAUACAACUCUGUCGGUUUUUGAGAAGUAUAUACCACGAUUCUUUGAAGGAGUACGAGAGAUAUACCAAACUAGCGCUGAGUACUUGACAAAGAUCAAUAAGAAUAACUUCAAGCCACCAGUGAGCGAAAAAGUGAAAGACAUUGUGCGACAUAAUUUUACAAACGAAAUCGAAUUCUAUCAAUUCUGUCUGCAACGAUUACACAAACAAUAUCUCGCUACACAUAUACCGCAAAAGAUUUUGGCGCCCUAGAACUUUGAAGAGAAGGAUACUUAAAUGGAUUGUUGUUAUUGCAUUGUUGUACAUUUUUACAUACAUAUAUUGUGCAUGGCUGUAUGUCAGAUUUCCAGUGGGAUUUCGCAACGACAUAAAGAACAAAUUUUGAUCAACUUGAUAUACAUAGCUGGAAUUAAUGUUUCUUAGUUUUUAUUAAAAUUUUUAUUUAUAGUACCAGUAUUAUAUUUAGUAAAUUUAGUUUACCAAUUGACAAAGAUAUGAACAUACAUAUGUAUGUAUGCAUGUGUUAAAAAAGGACUUGAAAAUUGAUGCGAAAUUUCUAGUCAAUAAGUCACAUCUGCACAUCUUCAUUUUAUGUAUGUAUGUAUGUAUAUGUGUGUAGGUAACCUUUGAAAAAUACUCGUUUGCGGUUUAGUUGUGCUUUCGAAAACUAUUUUGACAAUUUUAUACGAGAGUGAUUGAAUCACUGAUGACUAAACUCAGCAAAAAUGGGAUUUUUUUUUAAAUUGUUGUGACUAUGUGAAAAAUAUGUUAGAAUAGUUAAAUAAAAUACAUUCAUACCUUUAAAAUUUACGUAGUACUUAUGCAUUUUAAUACUCACGAAAAUUACAUAGUGCAACACUCAAAAAGUGAUGGGAAUGAGACCAAUUGCAUUCAUUGAAAGAGGUCGAAGUAUUAAUAUAUACCAAAGGAUAUGUAAAAGUUGGUUCCCAUUUCCUUUUUAUACCGAUUUUAACUUGUGAAUUUAAUGUUCAAAAAUAAACCAGUACAAUGAUUUUUUCGAUUCGCUCAGUAGGUUUUUGGUUAAUGUAUUUUGGUUAAUGUAUAUAAUCAUGAAGAAAAAACUUAUUUCCAUUAAUUGGAUGUGAGUCCUAUGAAUUGAUUUAUGCAAAAAAAAAAUCGACCAAAAAUUUUUUUUUGAGUUGAUCGCACUUUAGA